CUCAGCGGGAUGGCGGCACCUGAGGGCGGGCACACCCCUGCCCGGGGCGCCUCCGGCCUGAGAGCCCUUCGUGUGGGGAAGGAGGAGCCGUUAGGGCCGUUAUUAGGGCCGUUAUUAGGGCCGUUAUGGCCGUUAUGGCCGUUGUGCAGCGGCCCCUGCACAGCCCCCAUGUGCUGUGGGUCGUGGUGCCACCCGGCGCUCAUCGCACUGACAGCGCAGCCGCCCGCACGGCCACAGUGCCCGGCUGGCUGAGUUCCAGGAGAUGCUUCGGUGGCAAUCUGUCUUUCACCAUGCAAAUUACAAAUGAAAUUUGGUAACUAACUCCCUGCUCCUCACCUGGUCUCCAGCAGACUUCUCAUAACACUCAGAAGAAAAGGCCAGAGGAGAAGGGCCCAGGGUCACCAUGAAGCUAAAGCAGCGAGUUGUGCUGCUGGCCAUCCUCCUCGUCAUCUUCAUUUUCACUAAAGUUUUCCUCAUUGACAACCUGGACACCUCAGCUGCCAACCGGGAGGACCAGCGCGCCUUUCACCGCAUGAUGGCCAGCCUGCGUGUUGAACUGGACCCCCGGCUUGAGCACACCUUGCAGUCCCCUUGGGAGAUUGCAGCCCAGUGGGUCGUGCCCCGCGAGGUGUACCCUGAGGAGACACCCGAGCUGGGGGCUGUCAUGCAUGCCAUGUCAACCAAGAAAAUCAUCAAAGCUGACGUGGGAUACAAAGGGACCCAGCUGAAAGCUUUGCUAAUACUUGAAGGAGGACAGAAGGUUGUUUUCAAACCCAAGAGGUAUGCCAGGGAUUAUGUAGUGGAAGGAGAACCGUAUGCUGGCUAUGACAGACACAAUGCAGAAGUGGCAGCCUUUCACCUGGAUAGGAUUCUAGGUUUCCGACGAGCUCCUCUGGUUGUUGGCAGGUUUGUGAAUCUACGAACAGAGAUCAAACCAGUUGCCACAGAGCAGCUUCUGGGUACCUUCAUGACUGUGGGUAAUAGCACUUGCUUCUAUGGAAAGUGCUACUACUGUCGGGAAACAGAACCGGCUUGUGCAGAUGGGGACAUCAUGGAGGGGUCAGUGACUCUCUGGCUACCAGAUGUCUGGCCUCUUCAGAAGCAUCGGCACCCGUGGGGUAGGACUUACCGUGAAGGCAAACUUGCCAGGUGGGAAUAUGAUGAAAGCUAUUGUGAUGCUGUGAAGAAGACUUCACCCUACGACUCGGGCCCCCGUCUGCUGGAUAUCAUUGACACAGCAAUAUUCGACUACUUGAUUGGGAAUGCUGACCGGCAUCACUAUGAGAGCUUUCAGGACGACGAAGGAGCCAGUAUGCUCAUCCUUCUGGAUAAUGCCAAAAGCUUUGGCAACCCUGCCCUGGAUGAAAGAAGCAUCCUAGCUCCUCUGUAUCAGUGCUGCAUCAUCCGGGUUUCUACCUGGAACAGACUCAAUUACCUGAAGAAUGGAGUACUGAAGUCUGCCUUAAAAACUGCUAUGUCGCACGAUCCCAUCUCACCAGUGCUUUCUGACCCUCAUCUGGACGCCCUAGACCAGCGGCUUCUCAGCAUUCUGGCUACAGUGAAGCAGUGCACAGACCAGUUUGGGCCAGAUGUUGUGCUGGUGGAAGACAGGAUGACACUGUCUCAUUUGUAAUUGUAGUGGAACACAGAUGAAACUCCCUUUUUAAGAAACAAACAAACAAAACAAAACAAAAAAAAGAGAAAAACAGCACAAUCAGUUCUGAAAGGCUGUGGCCAAGAUGGACUGAAAUGAACAGGAAAGCUUCCGAGCCAGAGAAACAGAGGUGAUGCUGGCUUUUACCUUGGGCUGACAGCAGUGAGAGGUGGGAAGUUUGAGCCUUGCACGGCUCGGUACCUGUAAGGGCAUCAUGGCCAUUGUGGUGUGUCCAUUGCCGGCAGUGGACGUUGCACUGGAUAAAAAUGGCUCUCGGUAUUGGUGGAAGUGUGUGGAAUACAGACACUAAUGUGUGGACUGAUUUUUAGAAGGGACAAAUGGAGAUGAACAGUCUGAUCCUCCACCCUUCUCUUCCCCACAUACACUCUUGUGAGUUUUGUUUGAUUCAGGGUUGUACAUAAUCAGCUGUGGGCUGGUUAGGUAUUUUACUGCUUCUUUAGAAAAUGAGGAACUGGUGAAUAAAAUGGUUAUUGGACUGAAUAGUUGCACCCCUCGGGGGGUGGGAGGUUCUUCAGAAUGCCAUUAGGGGUGGGAGAGGUGACCUCUCAGCUCAAUUACCCUCAGUAAAAACUGGGGAAGGGGGUUGUCUCUUGUGAUAAUGUUUCAGUUCUAUCAAACAUUUAUGCACAGGGUUGAAGACUUAGGAGGACAGGGUGGUUAUGAGCACUUGAUAGUUAAGGAGUUAAAAUAAGUUCCCAUGUGUCCUUCACUGUUUCCCAUUUGUAAGGAACCUGGCAAGGUCUGAGUUGGGGAAACACCCCUCCAGUCCUAUGUCAAUAUUAACCAAAUCUUUAUUAUAUUGUAGCUGAGGAGGAGGAGGACAGAGUCUGUCCUUGGAAGCAGAUUCCAUUUAUCAAAGUUGUGCUACUUACUGCAUGCCCUGUUUAAUUUGGAGAAUCUGGAUAUGCCGUGCUGCUGAAAAAGAGGUAUAUUGAUGGACUUCCCAGUAACCUGCAGCCAUAGGAAGGGCCCUGAAGGGUGGAGAGAACCCUGAGCUAAUCUCACACAGAGAGAGCUUGCUUCUGUACACACGGCUUGGUGCUGCUGUUCUGUGGAGCACCAGCAGUUUUUCAGGCCCACCUUCUGCCUGGGCUGUGUUGUGGCUGAGCUCUGAAGCUGUGAGCACUUGCAGCCUUGCCCAGCUGCUUCCUGCAACUCACACUGUGCUGUGCUGGAGUUCCUGAUGGUUUUGCUGUAAGGUGGGGAUCCAUCUGUACCAGUUGGCUUUGCAGAGUGGAUGAGACUCUGUGCUAGUCCUGUCACCCCUCAGCACUGUGUCUGUCUGCACUGCAGAUGAGCUUGUGCCCCUUGAAACUUGUCACACUGGUGGCAGGUCUGAAUCUGUCUCCAGAAGGGAAACAGCUUCCAUUGUACUUCCAAAUUUACCAAAUUCACAUCAAUUUUCAGACAGUAUGGAACGUAGAAGUAAGGAAAUGGAUCACUUCCCAGAGUGAUCACAUAUUAUUGGAUUUAUGAGCUAGAGCAGCAAAAUGUCAGCUUAAGACCUUUCUCUUAAUUUGUCUGUCAAAAUCUUUCUAGCUCUGCAGAAGGGUGACAGGCAGAUAAGAUGAAGAGCUGCUUCCUGUUGCUUGCGCCUGCUGCCGUACCUGAUCAAAGAGGUGUUAGUGAAAGAGUUUCUUUUUAAAAGGAAUUUAGUUUGAAGUCUUUGUACUGCCUAAGCAGAGUAUCUCGAAAACAGAAUGCGACUGUUUUCCUGACACUGGCUUUUAUGUUCUUCUAGACAUGUUUCAGACUUGGCCACAACACAGGCUCACCUCACAGUCAGGACUGGAGCUAGAAUUACUUCUCAGUGCUGCUUGUUAAGGCUAACACACAGCCAGUUUUUGGACACCGGUGUUAAACUGGUGCCUGUUUGUUGCUGAACAGGAUAAUGUAACACACGUGCUACAAGCCAUGGUCCUUUGUGCAUGUAGGUAGUGUGGGCAGUGCCUUGUGUGUCCCCUUAGCACUGAGCCAGGGGCUGGGAGUUGAGUGUGAGCAGGGGCAGGAGCUGCCAAGGGCUGACCUGUCUGUCACUGCCUGUGCUGCUGUGGCACAGGUGUGAGUGGUUGGGGCUGACAUUGGUGGAGGUGCUGUGGGCAGCAGGUGGCUGGUGGAUGCUUUCAUUCUGAAGCAGUAGAGGCUUACACCGAGGUAUUUGGACAUGAGUUCAUUCCCCAAAAAGUUCAAGAGGAUUUACACAAAAGGGGAAACCGUAAAGCACGUUAUGUUUAUUCUUUUAAGCACUUAAUGUUUUGGGGUGGAUCUACAAUCAUUGGAAGUUUUGAUUCGACCACUCUUAGUCGUUUACAUUUGACUUUAACAACAGGUUUCCAAAAAAGCAUCUCUGUCUUUAUGAAAUGAAUGUUCAGUGCUUAUUGCUUUGUAUGUCACAGGCUUCUACACCAAAGCUUUUGCAGUCAGAUCAGCCUUGGGGAUGAGUUUUCCAUCAGUGCGUAUAUCAAAGAUUUAAAGCACUAUUUUGGUUUAGAUUUAAGCAAAGGGCGUGAAAUCAAGCAUCAUCCUUUAGAAGCGUGCAGGAGGUGGGUGCUUUCCUUUUCUCCUUUUGUAUUUGUAUCAUAUUGAUGCUUCUGGUCACUGUCAGCACUGCUGGAGCCUGGUGUUCUGCAGCGGGGAGGAAGAAUCAAUUCCUCUCAUACCCCAAAUCAGGAGGAUCCGAUUCUGGCAUUGUGAUCAUCUCUGGUGCUUUGGCAGCAGUCAUUGGUUUUGUUUCGCUUGAAUAUGGAACCCUGAGAAAUGUUAAACUCCGUUGUAACCAUUGCAAAGGAAAUAAGCUGCGGCAUCCACAUGCAAACCAGAAUCUGCUUGAAUCUCUGGCAGUAGUGCCACGUGCGAGGCAAGUACUUUGUUCUUAAGUCGAUGAGGGUUUUGUGGCACUUCUAAUUCUUGUUCACUUUGCACACUGUAAUUCCCAGCUCCAGAUGUUACCAAACGGUUGUGUUGUGGAUGUUAGUAAUAUCAGAGCACUCGAAGCACAGGAAUCAAGAACUAAUUAAAAAGAAACAGCAGAUGGCUGAUGAUGCUCUAUCUCCUCCUUCCUAAGUCAGCACUCGGGCUGGAGGAGCCCCUGAGACUGGCUCCUCUCCCAGCAGCGAGUGAACUGGAGAGUGUCUUGCCAAACAAACUUCAACUGAAAAAUAGUAAUUUAUUAAGAAGGUAAUUUAUUUGCUGUGGCAGCUGGAGCAAGAUGCUUGAAACAGCCACCCCUGUUGGAGCUGUCGGAGGAUUGCCCCUGGGAACAGCUGCACAAAUGGAGGUUGCUAAUGAGAAAACAGAGUGCAAUCACAACUUUCUACUUGUAUCCCCCAGGGUCGGGUUCUGCAUAAAGGAACAUUGUGUGAAUAAAGAUUUUAAUAAAGCGGUGCUGAUGGGUUGUUUAA